AUGCAUUCCCGGCGUGAAACGAUUACUGAAGCCAAAAUCCGUGAGUUUUACCACACCAAGUUUUUCGAAGAAGACGACAUUUUCGGGUUUGAGAUCACGGUGAACAACGUGCAAUUUGUGACAAUAAGCAAUGGCUGUGACGAUUUGACGGAAAUAACGCUUGGCCACUUUUUCGUGCAAUCCGCACCCCUGUUUGGUGAUGUAGUCGUACAAAUCACCCCCGUCACCGAGUUCCAGAAUCAAGUACAACUUAGCCGCAAGCAGACGAAGCGAUCGGCCUGGAAUGUGAAGCAAGCAACCCCACAAAGCAAGAAGGAAACGACCGAAUCACAGCAUGACAACCACAUACAGAACUGCCGAAAUGAAUGCACCCUACGUAGCAACCAGACACAGGAGAUUGAAACCACCAAGCAGACGAAGCGAUCGGCCUGGAAUGUGAAGCAAGCAACCCCACAAAGCAAGAAGGAAACGACCGAAUCACAGCAUGACAACCACAUACAGAACUGCCGAAAUGAAUGCACCCUACGUAGCAACCAGACACAGGAGAUUGAAACCACGUGA